AUGAGGGCAGCGCUCGCCCCCGGGGUCCGCCUGCUCCGAGCCCUCCCCCGGGACAGCCGCUAUCGGGGACUGACCCUGGUCCUGACCUUCCUCUCCUACACCAGCUACCACCUCUCCCGAAAACCCAUCAGCAUCGUCAAGAGCCAGCUGCACCCCAACUGCUCGACCUUGGGCCCAAACCCCCACAAUGACUCCAACAGCACCACAUGGUGCAGCUGGGCCCCCUUUGAUGGGGACAACUACAAAGAACUUUUUGGGGCGCUGGACAAUGCCUUCCUGGUGGCCUAUGCCAUCGGGAUGUUCAUCAGUGGAAUUUUUGGGGAGCGCCUCCCUCUGCGCUACUACCUGUCGGGGGGAAUGGUGCUGAGCGGGCUCUUCACCUCCCUUUUUGGCCUCGGCUACUUCUGGGACAUCCACGUCCUCUGGUACUUCAUCAUUGUGCAGGUCUGCAAUGGGCUGGUGCAGACAACUGGCUGGCCUGCUGUCGUGGCAUGUGUUGGAAACUGGUUUGGCAAAGGAAAGAGAGGUUUGAUCAUGGGCAUCUGGAACUCGCACACCUCUGUUGGCAACAUCUUAGGGUCGCUCAUCGCCGGUGCCUGGGUUUCCUCUGCCUGGGGCCUGUCCUUUGUUGUGCCUGGCAUCAUCAUCGCCAUUGUGGGCAUCAUCUGCUUCUUCUUCCUCGUGGAGUAUCCUGAGGAUGUUGACUGCAGUCCACCUGUGCAUCACGUGAGUCGUGCUGGUUCCCAAGGGGAUCCUGAAGUAGUCACCUCCAACGAGGGCCCACUCAGCCUCUCAGGCCAGAGCAGUGUGGAUCAUCACUCCAACAGCCCCAGGGAGCCAGCUGAGAAGCCUGAAGCCAUCAGCUUCCUUGGGGCACUUCGGAUACCUGGUGUGGUGGAAUUCUCCCUGUGCCUGCUCUUUGCCAAGCUGGUGAGCUACACCUUCCUGUACUGGCUGCCCCUCUACAUUGUCAAUGUUGCUCAUUUCGGUGCCAAGGAAGCCGGGGACCUGUCAACCCUCUUUGAUGUCGGGGGAAUUUUAGGGGGGAUCUUCGCUGGCCUCAUCUCUGACUACACUGGCGGCAGAGCCACCACGUGCUGCGUGAUGCUGGUCGUAGCUGCUCCCAUGCUGUUCCUGUAUAACCAUGUGGGUCAGAACGGCAUUGGCACAUCAAUAGCGAUGCUGAUCAUCUGUGGUGCUCUGGUUAAUGGGCCCUACGCGCUCAUCACAACAGCGGUGUCAGCAGAUUUGGGCACCCACGAAUCUCUCAAAGGAAAUGCCAAAGCCCUUUCGACUGUCACGGCCAUCAUUGACGGCACAGGAUCUGUCGGUGCUGCGCUGGGGCCGCUGCUCGCAGGGCUCAUCUCUCCCACGGGCUGGAAUAAUGUUUUUUACAUGUUGAUAGCAGCCGAUGUCCUGGCUUGUCUGCUCCUGGCUCGUGUGGUGGUCAAAGAGGCUCGUGGCUGGUGUGGCUACAUGGCGAGGCAGAGAGGGUUUAAGGAGUUUUGACGCGUCCCCUGCGAGCUGCCCCGAGCCCCGUGGGACGAGAGAGGCUGGGGCACACCGGAGCCGAGCGUCCCGGCAGAGC